AUGGCUCCAUCUGCUAAAGCUACUGCUGCCAAGAAGGCUGUCGUUAAAGGUACCAACGGUAAGAAGGCUCUAAAGGUUAGAACCAGUGCCACUUUCAGAUUACCAAAGACUUUGAAGUUAUCUAGAUCUCCAAAAUAUGUCUCCAAGUCUGUCCCACACUACAGCAGAUUAGAUUCUUACCAAGUCAUUGAACAACCAAUCACCUCUGAAACUGCCAUGAAGAAGGUCGAAGAUGGUAACAUUUUAGUUUUCCAAGUUUCUUUAAAAGCCAACAAGUAUCAAAUCAAGAAGGCUGUCAAGGAAUUAUAUGAUGUCGAUGUCCAAUCCGUCAACACUUUAGUCAGACCAAACGGUACCAAGAAGGCCUACGUUAGAUUAACUGCUGAUUACGAUGCUUUAGACAUUGCCAACAGAAUUGGUUACAUCUAA